AUGGGAGUGGGGAGGAAGUGGGCCUGCCAGGGCUUGCUGGAAGUCUGUUUCGGCCAGCUCGAUGAAGUCACGCCUCUGGCAAGGACUCUUCUCGCAUGUACGGCCUGUGCCGCCUGCCUGUGCCUCACCAUGACGAUAGCAUUUGGAGGUUUCCUGGAGCUCACGCUGCAGGGUCUUCGGGAGAGAUGGGAAGAGGCUGAAUGUACGGUGCUGGGGCCUGGACGAGUGACGACCAUUGCAUCCAGAUGUGAAGAGUUUGCAUCUGGCACUGCUUGUACCAGGUUAGGUGAGUAUCGAAAUGUGCUCUCCAGUGUCUUUGUUAGGUACUGUAGAGAUCCGGCAGAUGGAGGUCUCUGCUUUGACGUGCAAGCCGACAAGUGCGGAUUGAACUCCCGCAUCGACGUGCAGCAGGACCAGCGAUACAGGGCCUUGCUGGAGAACAGAAGCAGGAUACCGUGCUGGUACAACCGCUUAGAGGAGAAGACUUGGGAUCCCGCAGAUGAGGAGGCCACAGAGUCCUCUUGCACAGAGACCAACACCUCCAGCUGCCUCUUCUUCAAGACCUCGCAGGCCCGGUACACGCUGCGCUUCGAGGCGGAACCCUGCGCAAGUCUUCCUGCGAAAGGCAGCGUGGUGAUCUCCGUGCUGCUGGGCCUGCUGCUACUCUGCUUCUGCACGUGUGGCGCCCUAUGCACUCUCCGAGCAAGGCGGGAGCUGCUGACAGACUACGAGGAUGAGUUCACUGAGCACUGA